GUUAAACCAAAAAUGAAAAAUGAAAAAAAAUAAAUAUUUAUCAAAUCUUCUGACUUGGCAGUGACGUGGCGCGUUGACCGUUAGUCAACGCGUUUGACCUUUCAAGUUAACGGUCAAAAGUCGGAUCUGGCCAAAUUGUUUAUUUUGGUGUAUAGUCAGGAUGUUAUAGAUCGAAAAGAUUGGCCUGGAUGUUUAUUUUGGUCAAAGUUCAGGUCAUACGAAAAUAUUAACUUUUUUUAAUUAUACAACAAGUGUUGAGCCAACCAUGGUGUUACUAUACACAUUAUGGCCAAUCAGUAUAUACACGACCAUGGAGCAUCAUAGUGCACGCAUGAUUGGGCUAAUAUAAAACUAACAGAUGGAAACUAAGGAAAAAAGCACGUCAUUUGGCAUGCGGCCAGCCAUUUCUAGUGUCACAUCACAUAUACCCGUGGUGGUCAAUGGUUCUAUCUAUAUGAUUUCAAAUGUUUUAGCAAAACAUAAUUAGUUGUUAAGAAAUGACAGUGAUACAAAAUUAUCAAUAAAAUGAGGUGUUGGGUCCUAACUUUUGCUCUCUCUAGAUGAACAAAAUUAAGUGAGUCACUACGAGAAAAGUGACUUUUGGCAACACUUGCACUGCAACACUUUUUAGAAGUGUUACAUAAAAUAAAAAUAUGCAACACUUUCGUCACGUGUUGCUUAAUGUGUAUCUUAUGCAACACAAAGUAGUCAUACUUAAGUUUUUGUUGCAUAUGUCUAAUAAUAUGCAUCACUUGUGCAAUAAAAUAAAAUAUGUUGUCAAUUCUUUACGUUUUAAGCAACACUUAAUUAGAAAAUUUUAAGAAUUAUACAUUAUUAACUGUACUUGUACUAUAUGAUUUAGCAUUUGAAUUUAAAACUAAAUAGAGCUUCACUAUGAUUAUAAAAAGAAGAAAUUUCCAGUAUGAAUAUUAAAAUGAUUUCGUAUACCAUUGGUUCCACCAAGCAACCUCAUCAUCGUCGAAUCGAUCUCUAUUAAGGAAAAACACAAUUAUUUCUCUGACAAUUCAUAUUGUAACUAAUGUAUUACGAUACACAUUUGUCGUGAAUGUUGUAUCGCAGGUGACAAAACCUCAUAACAAAAACGUCUUUUUGUUACAAAGACAUUGUAACCGGAGCAUAACCGAUGUGACAGGAAAAGUUUGCAGCCUAUGUUGUCGACACUGCAACGAUAGCUUUGUCACAAAAUCUAAUAGUGUGACACAAUUCUGUCACAAAAACAUAAUUUUAUGACGAAAUUUAUAUCACAAAGUUAUAAUUUGAUUACUUAAGUAUUCCCCAAUUAGAUCUAACAAUAGUUGGUUUUAUUACUUAAGUGAUUCUAACGUUUUUAGUGAAUAAAAUAUUACGACUUAAUAGUUUUUACAUUAUUAUACGUUGAUAAAAGGUAAGUAAAACAAAUGAUGUUAUUAGUUAAACAAAUAGAAAAAUGGUGUUAAUAAGCUUAGCUGUACACGGAAGUUAUAAUUGAAGAAUAUUAAUAGUUAUCUACAAAAUAGUGAAAAUUUUGAAAUCAUGUCAGCGGGAGGAUUUUUGAACGAUAUAUAAGUUAUUCUUAGACUAAUAUAUUUACAAAGGGAAAGCUGUUUAAUAGCUAAUCCCUGAUUUUUCUCUUAAAGAUCUUCCCAAUGCUUUCAACGAGGGAAAACCCUUCAAAUUCAGGUCUUCUCCACUCCGUCUAUGCCCAACUUCUCCUCUGCUCUCACGAUUCCCAAUUUCGAGCGCUGCUACGAAGUCUUGAUCCAGAAAUUACUAGUCUCUUUUAACGCUUCCGGUAAGCCGGCACGACAUCCUCUUUAUCUUCUCCCUUAUAAGCCGCUGCUUCUCCGGCGAAUUUGCGUUCUAUUAAUUUAUUUUUUUAUUGAAUAUUUUUUUACGAGAACAUAAAUCUCCAGUUUCAUGUUAACUAAUCAUCAUUUUCUUUCAAUUCUCUAUUUUGGGGCUUUCCCAUAACUAUGCUUACAGGUUUGAAGUACUUCUAGUAAGUUAUCCAUCUCAAGAAACAAUCCAAGGAGUCAAGAGCAGAAGGAGUUGUGGGUAGGGUUUCAUUGCAAGGUUCUUGUGAAUUUAGUUGAGUAAGCAAAGGCGGCAUGGAAAUCAACAAUUGACAAUUCUCUCCAAGUAGAGCUUAAGCAAGCGACGAAGAGAAUGGUUGCUUUUAGAAAGAUAUCCGCGAGGUUUCCAAUUGAUCUGAAGAGAAUCUAGAUAGUUUUUUUUUACUAUUUAGUUCAUAUUGUUAGGUAGAUUGAAUAUUCGUCAAGAUAUGUAUCUUUUAUUUUCAUAAAUAUACCACACUCAGAGAAUUUCACGAAGCAGCCACGAUCAGUCAGCUCAUAAGCAUUCAAGCCUUAAAUUUGAUUAUUUUUCGCAACAGAAAAAUAUCAGCACUAGUAUAUACUAUUUCAUACAAUGCAUAGUCGCUAUUGAUAUUGUCGUCUAUGAUAAAAAUACUAGUCACAAAAGUGUUCUUUCAUGACAAAGACCCCAUAACUUAAGGUAUACUGUGAUUGACAAAAAAAAAGUUGACCAAUAUUGUAGUAGGAACAAUAAAUUUGUCACAAAAAAUUGAAUUUGUGACACCCACGCUAUCAUGAAAUCCUCCUUUUAUCACAAAAGUACAGUCAGAAGUGUGACUCGUUUGUGACAAGUUAAACCGGUGAUAAUUAAAAUACAUUUGGUUAUGGGAAUAACUCGUCACAAAUUUAUAGUGUUUGUCACAAGCAAAAGUUGUCACGAUAGAAUACGUUUUAUGUGAUGAAAAAAACUUGUCACGAAUAAAGCAUAUACAUGUCGGUUAUACUAGUCAAAAAGUGUUGCCAAAAAUGGUGUUGCAUAUAGAAUAUACAUAUGUAACACAUAUAUUGGUUGUUGCAAAAGGUAAAAAAAAUGUUACAUAUUACUUUAUACAACACCACUUAUAGAGGACACUACUAAAAGUGUUGCAUAUUGUAUAUGCAACACUUUAGCCACUUUUUACAACACAUUUGAAGUGUUGCCGAAAGCCACUUUUCCCGUAGUGGACGAAAAUAUCAAUCGCGAUGGUAUUAGAGCGAUAUAUAGCACCAUACACAGGACAGGAUGGGCUAAAAAUAAAAUUAACAGAUGAGGGGAAACCAGUAAAAAAGAAAAGGGAUGAAUUAAAGAAACGAGUGGAGGAGCGACGUAUUCUCCAAGUCAGAGACCAGAGGAAGGAAGGGUUAAUUUUUUUUCUCGUGAGAAAAAAGCCAAACAAAAAAACGGGAAACAGCGACAAUUUCGAUGCCCUUUCCCUCCCUCACUUCACUUGCCUUUCUUCUCCCCGAUAUAUAAACACCCAACCCCAUCAUCCUUCUACCUCAACUCGUCUUUCCCACAGUUUCCCCAUCUCGCUCAUUCCUCUCCUCUCCAUCGCUUCUUCAUCAUGUCUUGCUACAAGGGCAAAUACGCCGAUGAGCUAGCUCGCAAUGCUGCCUACAUUGGCACUCCCGGAAAGGGAAUUCUCGCUGCUGACGAGUCCACUGGCACCAUUGGCAAGCGUCUCUCCAGCAUCAACGUUGAGAAUAAUGAGGAGAACAGGCGUGCUCUCCGUGAGCUCCUCUUCACCGCUCCUGGUGUCCUGCAGUACCUCAGCGGAGUGAUCCUCUUCGAGGAGACCCUCUACCAGAAGACCAAGUCAGGGAAGCUCUUCGUUGAUGUCAUGAAGGAAGGUGGAGUCCUCCCCGGUAUCAAGGUUGACACUGGCACUGUGGAGCUUGCUGGAACCAACGGUGAGACCACCACCCAGGGACUCGACGGUCUUGCUGCCAGAUGUGCCAAGUACUACCAAGCUGGUGCCCGGUUCGCCAAGUGGCGUGCUGUUCUCAAGAUCGGCACGAACGAGCCAUCCCAGCUGGCCAUCAACGAGAAUGCAAAUGGCCUGGCCCGCUACGCCAUCAUCUGCCAGGAGAACGGGCUGGUGCCCAUUGUCGAGCCCGAGAUCCUCGUCGACGGCUCCCACGACAUCAACAAGUGCGCAGAUGUGACCGAGCGCGUUGUCGCUGCCUGCUACAAGGCCCUCAACGAUCACAAGGUCUUCCUCGAAGGCACCCUCCUGAAGCCCAACAUGGUGACUCCCGGAUCAGAUGCCAAGAAGGUGUCUCCUGAUGUCAUUGCCGAGUACACUGUCCGUGCCCUCCAGAGGACCAUGCCUCCUGCAGUCCCCGCCGUGGUGUUCCUCUCCGGUGGACAGAGCGAGGAGGAGGCUACCGUGAACCUCAACGCCAUGAACAAGCUCCAGACCAAGAAGCCAUGGACCCUGUCCUUCUCUUUCGGACGUGCCCUCCAGCAGAGCACCCUCAAGGCCUGGGCUGGCAAGGAAGAGAACUGGAAGAAGGCGCAGGAUGCUUUGCUCACCAGGUGCAAGGCCAACUCCGAGGCAGUGCUCGGGAAGUACAAGGGCGAUGCUACCCCUGCCGAGGGCGCUUCUGAGAGCCUCCACGUCAAGGACUACAAGUACUGAGCAAUGGAAAGGUCAGGUCCUUUGGCGGCGUUUAGUUGUUUUCUAGGCUUGGUUUUUGUUUGUUCCCUUUUUUUUCCUACCGGCAUUUAACAUUUAGGUUCGAAAAAUGAAAGGAACAGAGAAUAAGUGGGGAAGCAUUUUUGUUGAGUGUUUUGAUCACUUUUGGGUCAGUUUCUUCUUCGGCUUAAGAGAAGGCAUAUAUCUGUGUUUGAUAUGUUUUUGCUUCAAAACUUGGUGUCAACAUUUCUGGUUGUAUUUACUAUUGUUGUGCUGACGAUUGAGUUCAAUUAAGUAAGCUUUUCUUUAACUGAUUGCUUUGUUUGUAUAAUAAUACACUUCCUACCAAGGCUAAGCUUGGUUUCACUUGGAAAUCAGUUGUAGUUUUUUGUGAUGGAUUAGACCUAGUGCGUCCUUGGAGCCAGGUAUAAGCUUUUGUUAAGCUUGGUCGCUUUGGUUACUUGGUAAUGCAGCCAUCUGCCUAAUUGUAGAUGACUUUCGCCUUUGUAGAUGACUUGCAGAUGCAGACGCUGCCUCCGGUUCGGUUCUAGAGGUUACUUGCAACAAACCUGCAUAUAACAUAAGAAGAGUGUGAAAGGAGGUUGCCGAAAUGAGCUUAGUCCUGUCCUGUCGGCUUGGUGAAGGGGCUCGUGAGUGUACUGUAUCGUCGUGAGUAUUUGCAUCAACGUGUGGUGUGGAAGGAGAUGGUUACUUAAACGAAGAUGUUGCAUCAAAUCAACGAAUGCAAAAUUAACAAAGGAAGAGUUAAACUUAAAUGAGAGUUGGGUAUCAAUUAGUCCAAAAUCGAGUGCGGGUUUAGUGCAGCCCAAACGUUAAACGAGUUUCUCACAGAAAACUAUCAAAAGCCCUGGGCCCACAUAGUAGAACUAAUGUCAGUCUCCAUUCCAUUGUAUAUGGCCCGGCCACCAAAGCCCACGGAAUCAUAUUGCGCCGUUGGCCUGCUGAAAAACAGCUAAAAAUAAUCGGGAAAAAUUAUAAAUGGCCCAUACAGGUCUCGAACCUGUGACCUUCGCGUUAUUAGCACGACGCUCUAACCAGCUGAGCUAAUAGGCCAGUUGAUUUGUUUCCUCGUUAUUUUAUUUCAAACUAAAACCUAGGCAGCUCUUUUUGCAAGCUUCCAAACCAUCUGAACCUUGGGUAUGAAAUGUCCAGAAGGUAAAGAGAGAAAAAGGAAGGAGUGAAAGGGCUGAAAAGAAUAGGACAGUGGUUCCCCAUUCAUUUCAUUUCAUUUCAUGGGCAACGUAUGACUGCAGGUAAGCACACAACACAAGGGAAGGGUUAUAUGAUAUGUACAGUUGCAUGCAUGAGCAUGAAGUAAUCAUCUGUAAUGUCAGGCAUACAAAGACUAGUCAGUUACGAGUCAAAUCAGCAGCAGCAGCGGUCUCUUCCGCUCACAGAACACAACAUAACCAACCCACCAGAGGAGCUUCGUACUCUAACUCUACCCCUCUUUCGGUCUUUCCUGACCACCAGAAAGAAACUGAUAGUUGGGAGCAAUUCCUUUUCCUUUUGUUUUUUCUUUUGGGGACACAAAUCUGCAGCAGAUAGAUGUUGCGUAAUUGAAUUGUCAAGGUUUUCAAAAGGGGGGAAGGUUUCUUGCUUUUCAUUCACUCAGAGUUGCUGUCUGUACGGCUGGCUAUCUGCAUUGUGAUUCAGAGCUUCAGCACCAGGCCCUUUGGUCGAUGCACGAAUCGCUUGGGUAUUUGGGUUUGCCUGCUACUUAACUUAAUUGCCUACCCUCACCCAAAAGGUUUUACUGCAGCAAAGAAGCAAUGAAAAUAGAACGUACUC